AUGGAAAGGAGAUUGUAUGCAGGCAUUUUAGUAUAUUUUACAUGCAUUCUGUUACACAUUUGGCUUCGAGCGAACCUCGAGCCGACAGCAGUGGAGUUGAUAAAUCAAAAUAAAAUCGAUAACUUAUCAUGUCACUACAUAAUAGACGGAGACGCAUUGGAAUUGAUAAACCCUCAUCAUUUUCAACCACCUCAUAAAUCCAUAUUCUUUCAUGAUACCGACUGCAAGGAUGGCUUGAAUUCCCGUCAAAUGUGUGCCGUUGAAUCUGCAGCAAGACUUCAUCCGAAAAGAAAUAUUUAUGUCUUUUUCAGCGGCCCCGUCACUGUAAAACAAUUCAAACAUAUCAGUUUUCUUCAUAAGUUUACUAAUAUACAUUUUGGGCGAAUUCUAAUACUAUCUUAUUCAGAAGGUACACCUCUCGAGAGUCUUGUUAAAAAGGGAUUACUGAACAACACGUUUUGGGGUAUAGAAAACACAUCGAACGUACUUCGAUUUCUUACGCUGUACAAGUGGAGUGGAGUGUAUUUGGAUUUUGAUACUGUUGUGGUGAAAUCAUUUGACCAUCUGCCUGAAAAUUGGAUCGCAAGGCAAGAUGAUGGGCAAUUAAACUGUGCUGCCAUUGCUCUUUCAGACAAUGAUAUUGGCCGUGGCAUGGCUUAUGAGUUUAUUGAAGAACUAGCUCGAAGUUAUAAAUCCGAUAUUUGGAUUAAUAAUGGCCCUGGAGUGGUGAAUAGAGUUCUUAUUGAGAUAUGUGGAAGUAGCAAUAUAUCAUCAAUGUCAGUUACUACCUGCCAAGGAUUCCCUGUAAUAGAUUCUAAGUUAAUAUAUCCAAUACACUAUUCAGACAGAAAGAAGUACUUCCUACCUGGUAAGCCUGAAGAUACUCCAGACGCUGUCAUACACCACAUUUGGAACCGGCUCACCCAUAUUUAUGACGUUCCCAAAAAUUCACUUUAUUCUAGACUAGCAGAAGAGUUUUGCCCAAGUGUUUUUAAAUUAUAUGGUGCUAAUUUUGGUACAUAAUAAAUAACUGUAAGACUUAAA